AGAGAUAACACAACGAACUUGGUCAGCCAUGGCUUGCUCCACUCUACCCUCCUUCUCUCUCUCUUAUUCUUCCCAUAGGGCGGUGCAACUGAGAGUGGAAAACACAGUGGCUUCUUCCAACUGCUUUUUCAGAACGCAGGUAAUUUCAGGGGUGCAAAGGAACGGGAAAGGUCGGAGUGUCUGGCGGCGAAGGAAACUGACAAAGAAGGAUGACAUGUUGCGAUACAAAAUGGACAGAGUGCCUUUCCUGGAGGAACAAAUUCGGAAGGUAAAGGAUGGAGGACAGCUGAUGGGAAUGGACAUUGAGAGACUACUACUAUCAGAAGACAACCGGUUUGAAUUUGUGAAUGAAAUUGCCGCCGAGGCCAAUGAGUAUGUUGAGAACAACCGAGAUGAGUAUGGCGGUAAGAAGAAAGCCAUCCUUCAUGUGCUAAGUAACCGUGUGAAUGAUGCUGGGUUUUAUAGACCGGAGGCAUAUGAAGAAUCUGACCCCUUUAAACCAGGGCCAUCGUAUUUGAAAGAAUUUUACACUUGAUUCUGUGUUGUGCAUGUUUUGUAGUGCUAUUCUAGACCCUACAUUUUUAUAGUGCUUUUGUUUUAGAUCCAUCUUUGCAGUAUUUUUCUUCGCCCUGUUACACUUUCUUGGAUCGAAGAUUGGUUGGUUAUAUAACUGACCCGUUGAUCCAUCUCCUGAAAUGUGUCAUGAUUUUUGAACGA